AAAGUAAAUACUUUCAAAAAGGAAAUGACAACAAACAACAAUGGAUGUCAGUGCAAUUUGUAGUACUCCAUUCUGGAAUUCCAGCGUUUCCUGGGAAGCAGAAAAACCUUAUUUAAGUCACUGCUUUCAACACCUAGUUUUGGUCAUUGGCUCAUGCGGAGUGUUAUGGAUUGUGGCACCAUUUGAAUUUUUCAAAAUCUCUAAAUAUCAUGGCAGCUCAACUCCGUGGACAACACUGUCUAUCACGAAAAUAGUAUUUAAGGGGAUUCUUUUGGUAAUAUGCAUCCUUGAUCUGGCAAAAGAAGUUUAUGCCUAUGUAAAUUAUCAAGAAAAGGGACUUGAUGGAUUGAUAGCUGCUGUUGCCUAUCUUCUCACUAUAGUUUUAACCGUAAUUCUGACCAUGAUGUGCAAGCGCCGAGGCUUACGAGUAUCUCUUGCCCUGCCGUCCUUUUGGAUGAUAUCCACGAUUACAACCCUCAUCAGCAUUUAUGACGAGAUACAAGACCUGGAUCCGGAGGAAUGGACUUCAGUGGCAAGCCUUGUUCAUGAUAGCAUUGUGUUUUUUAUUUCUAUAAUUCAACUGAUUUUAUCAUCCAUUGCUGAUAAAAAAAUGUCGUAUCGUGGAAGAGAAUACAAGACGUAUUGUCCUCUUGAAGAAUCCUCUCUGCCAUCCCGUUUAACAUUCAGCUGGUUAUUAAGGUUGCUAACAAAGAGCGUAAAAAGCAGUCUACACCAAGAUUACUUAGUACCUUUAUGCUAUGAACUUAAAACAUCCAACGUAGCGAGGGACUUCUACCACGAAUGUGCAUCAGGAAGCAGACAAAAUGUUACAUCACGAGCACAGGAUGAGGCAUCUCUUAUAGAAAAUGGCGAGGAAGACCUAGAAUCUCAGGAUGAUGUAGUACUUAACAGUCAAAGUUUCCCAGAAAAGAAAUCACUUUUCCCGAUUUUAAUAAAAGUCGCCUUAAAAUUCCUCCUUUUUGCAUCAUUUCUGGAACUGGUGCUCACUUUGCUAUAUUUUCUACCAUCUUACAUUCUGAACCUCAUUUUGAGCAAGGGAAAGGAAGACCAGGAAUGGCACAAUUACGUAUAUGCUACCGCUCUGUUCGUUGUGUUGCUUUUUUCUUCUCUAGUUGAUUCGCAGCGGAAGUAUUAUGGACUGAUGGCAGCUUUAAGAAUCAAGACGGCAGUAAUGAAUGCCGUUUUUGAAAAGUCUUUGAAAACAUGCCAAGAAUCAGAUUGCGUCAAGCAGUAUAUAACUGCAGAUGCAGAUAAUAUUUUUCAAAUGGUAUGUCUGCUAACUGAAGUGUGGGGAGCUCCUUUACGCCUCUUGAUUGGUUUAUAUGGACUUUGGCUGUGCUUAGGAUCUUCUUGUUUUGCUGGAUUAGCUAUAGCAGUGCUACUUAUUCCUAUGAACAUACUUGUUGAGCAAGGAGCGAAUUAUUUCCAGAAAAAAGCUCAAGCAAAACAAGGAGAAAGACUUGAGGUAUUAUCUGAAUGUUUGCAUGGAAUAAAAGUUGUGAAACUUUAUGCAUGGGAAGAACUGUUUUUACGAAAGCUAAUGUCUUUGCGGAAAUCAGAAAGUAGUGAAAUGCGAAAAUCUGGAUAUAUAAAGAUAGUUUUCAGUUUUCUUACUGUAUCAGCAACAUCACUGAUAAUGUUAUCAACCUACGCCAUUUACGUUCUGAUGGGAAAUUCCAUGGAUCCAAAUUCUAUUUUUGUCUCUUUCUCACUUAUAUGUUUGUUAAGGACACCUUUCAGAAGCAUUCUUCAUCUUAUCUCCUUUUUUAUUCAGGGUUUAUCGUCAGUUUCGCGACUUCAGAAUUUUCUUAGAAAGACAGAACUAACUAGUCUUCCUACAGAGGAAGGCACUACAGGAAACAGCGUGACGUUGGUAAAUGCCUCAUUCUCUUGGAAUGGCGUGGAGAUGCCCUGCCUGAAGAAUCUCAAUCUCGAUGUUUUGGAAGGAUCUCUGGUAGCAGUGAUUGGCGAAACGCAAAGCGGUAAAUCUUCUUUAUUGCGAGCAUUAUUGGGUGAGAUGGAAAAGCUUGAUGGAACUGCGUGUGUCAAGGGACGAAUUGCUUUUGUAGGUGAAAAUGCGUGGAUUCAAAGUACUACACUUGAAAAAAAUAUUCUCUUUACGAGACCGAAAGUAGAAGCUGCCUAUCGCAAGACAAUAGAUGCGUGUUCUCUGAACUAUGAUAUUGAAAGUUUACCAGCUGGAGAUGAAACAGAAAUCGGUCAAAAGGGUGUAGCUUUGUCCAAGGAACAAAGAUUAAAAAUUGAUUUAGCCAGGGCAGUGUAUCAAAAUGCUGAUAUUUAUCUCCUGGAUGAUCCACUGGGGCCCUUGGAUUCAUCUUUGGCUGAGUACUUAUAUCACAGAGUUAUCGGAAGGAGUGGGCUUCUGAAAGAAAAGACAAGGAUCCUUACGACUACGGACGCUGAUUUUUUGCCUCUCGCAGACCAUAUUAUAUUUUUGAAAGAUGGAUGUAUAGUGGAACAGGGAACAUAUUCACAAUUAACCGAGAAAAAUGGAUAUUUAAAAGCGUAUCUUAACUUAGUAGGAAGCACUGAAAAAAAGAGAAAAUCCACAGAAUGCUUAGCAGCUGAGAUAAACGAUUCAGCUUCCAUUAAAUAUUUUGAUCGACAGUGUGACGUUUGGUUUUUGACUGCUGGAAUACCUGCGGAAAUCGGGAUUGAAAGCUCAAUAAGCAAUGAAGCUGUUACUGCAUCUAAGGGUCUGUUUAUAAAAGUUGCACACUACGUAAAAACAAUUGGCUACAUAUUAACUACUUUAGCUGUUAUGGCAGCUUUUCUAGCUUGCUGCUGCGAAGUGGUAAGCGGUAUAUGGUUAAGUGUAUGGACAGACAAGCAGUUUGAUAAACUGAAGCCUGAACAAUAUCUCCUCUACUAUGCUGGAAUUAUUCUUGCCGAAG